CAAACCUGCUGGCAUAAAGAUACCGUUACGGAGCAUCGGGUUUUGUAAUAAUUUGACUGAGGUAACUUUGAUGAGCGACUUAUUUUGCACUUCUACACGCUCGUCUUCUUUGUAUAGAGAGAGUGGAUUGCUGUAUGGAGGUCAUGUCGUCCUCUGACCAUCUUCACUUUUAAAUAUUUGACUACGCAUCCGGUUCCACCUCAUGUUUGUGGAGGCUGAUUUGCAGAGAAGAAGCCCCGGGACCUGCGCUGCGUUUCUUCCCAGACACUCCAGCACCCACGACAUGCAACAACUGGACCGGGAGCCCGGAGCGUUUAUGGAUGUAGGUGUGCAGUUACACAUGGGUACCGCAUAUAAACUGAGCCCCGACCACCACCACCAGCUCCCUACACAGGGCCCGACUGUAGCAGCCUUCCAUACCCAAGGCGUGUCCCAGGCGCCCACAUUCGCUAGCUCCACCAGAGAUUUUCUGUUAAGAAACCGGGGCUUUGGGGCAGAGUCACCCUCCGGGCCGUCCGGUGACCACCAGGUGCAGCAACACUUCCUCCGGACUAUGGCUGGCCCUCUGCACCAGCACACGGGCGGGGACGCACAGCCCCAGGGACACAGCCACCUCCUUUUCCACGGGCUCCAUGAGCAGCAGCUAGGCGGGAGGCUGGCCGGCCUGGCCGCGGGGGUCAGUGACAUGUUUGGUCGGGAGCAGUUCCACCAUCUGCCCGGAGCUAAAGCUGACCCUUACGUCCAGUAUGGGGCGGCAAUGGCGACUGGGCUGAACAUGGGGAUAGGGGUGGCCCACCACCCAACCGGGGCGUUCUUCCGGUACAUGCGACAGCAGUGCAUCAAGCAGGAGCUGGUUUGUAAGUGGGCCGAGCCUAACCAGACUGGAACAACCGAUUCCCGCUGCUGUGGGAAGACCUAUGGCACUAUGCAUGAGCUAGUCACGCACGUCUCCGUGGAGCACGUGGGGGGUCCGGAUCAGAACCACCACGUUUGCUUCUGGGAGGACUGUCCGCGCGACACCAAGCCAUUCAAGGCCAAAUACAAGCUGGUCAACCACAUCCGCGUGCACACCGGAGAGAAGCCGUUUCCAUGUCCUUUCACUGGCUGCUGCAAGGUUUUCGCCCGCUCAGAGAACUUGAAGAUACACAAACGGACACAUACCGGGGAGAAGCCGUUUGUGUGUGAUUUCUUCGGCUGCGACAGACGCUUUGCUAACAGCAGUGACCGCAAGAAACAUAUGCAUGUUCACACGUCCGACAAGCCAUAUGUGUGCAGGGUGUGUGCCAAGUCCUACACUCACCCCAGCUCCCUGAGGAAACACAUGAAGGUCCAUGACUCUUCGUCUUCUCUGUUGACCUCUGACGGAUCUCCGGCGGCCAGCAGCGGCUAUGAGUCCUCCACUCCCCCCGGUAUGGUGUCUCCUGGGUCGGACACGCAGGACAUGUCUCCGGACUCCGCGGUCAUCAACAGUUCUCACAAUUCCAUCUCGUCAAACUUCAGCGAGUGGUACGUCUGAAGACGAGAGCUUAGACAGAGAGACAAAACUGAGACUAAACCUACCUGCUUAUUAAAAGAUACCCCAUGGCUGUGCGGAGAUUUCCCCCAGUUUCCUAUGGCCAAACGGACGCUGUUCGCGCAUGGAAAUUUAAGAAUAAUAAUAAUUUAAAAAAAAAAAAAAAACUGGACUAACUGCUGGAUCCAUUUUUCUGUUCUUACGUCAGUAUUAUGUGGAACUGGACAAUGUUUGCGCUAGUCCCGGAGUGACUCUGAAGUCAGCGUAGCUGCCCAAGUUAAACAUAUUGUGCCUCUUUGUCCAUACAUGGAAAAUGUUAAAAUAAAAAAUCCACUUGUUUCAGUCUCCCUGAAAUUGAAAUAUUUAGAGAUCUAUUUUGUAAAGUGUAUAGAACUAAUCCCGACCUCCUUGCAUCUAAAAAUGUCUUCCUUUUCACUGGUUAUAUGUGAAUGUGUUGGUAAAAUUAUUCACUUGGCUCCAUUACAAUGUAUUACAAUGUAUUUCUUUUGGAUAUAAUGUCAGUCCUAUAAGCCUGGACCAGAGCACAAAUCACGCUCGUAGAAAACGGCGGAAGUUUUCUUUGUAUAGAAACUUGAAAU